ACAUGUCGCCGAGAUCACAAACAAGGACCCGCGACCCUAGACCCUCCUCGAUCGAUCGAAUGAAUCAUCCACUCGCUCGCCAAGGUCAACAAUCAAACAAAGAAACGAACAAGCAAACAAUCCGCUCCCCUGGUUUCUACUUGCCUUGCUUUCAAUGCAACCUGUUGGUUCUCCCAUGACUAUCGGCUGUUUCGGUGCUUGCAGUUCCGCAGAUUCGCCGCAUUGGAGCUAGUCUUCAUUAUCGGAGGAUUUUUCGGUGAUUCCCCGUUUGGCAAUGCCUUUUUGUUUUGUUUGAGCUUUUGGUGCGCAUUUGCAAGGUUGAUUGCCGCAUUUGGGCGACUGGAACCCUCAGGAUCAUUUGAGAUUCGCCUGGAUCGCAGAAAUAGUGGUUUGGUGGGGUUAUCCUCUUGGCCGCAAUGGUGAAGCGGUGGUCUGGGUUGUUGCUUCUGCUGUUUGUUCUAGCUUGUGUCGCCGUCGAAAUCCAAAGAUGUCAUUCUUUGGAGGAAGAGGUAGAGGAGGACAUUAUGCACCCUGUGGAGGAUGGGCUUGAGGAGGAGGACGAACUGGAAGAUUUAGACGAAGGGUUGGAGGAUGUUACAGGCGAUCCCGGUAGUUAUUCCUCCUCCGCGGAUGUCAUAGCUGCCAGCAAGGUGGCCAAUGUGAAUGAUCAGGAUGUGGAGAGAGUGAUUGCAAAGUAUGAGUUCGUUUUGUUGUUGGGGUACGCUCCCUGGUGCACCCAAAGCCAGGAGCUUCUUCCUGAAUUCGCGGCGGCUUCCGUUCAGCUAUCAGACCUCGGAAAUCCUACGGUGCUAGCCAAGCUGGAUGCUGUCAAUAAUCCAUCCGCUGCGGCGCGAUACGAGAUCCGCGGAUAUCCCACUCUUAUCCUCUUCGUUAACGGUUCCCGAGACGAUUAUAGUGGAGGCCACUCCAGGGAGGAGAUUGUUCUUUGGGUACUUAAGAAGACAGGGUCCGCUAUUACGACUAUUUUGAGCAAAGAGUCGGCAGAGUCUUUCUUGAGCAGGAAUGUGACUGCAGUGAUUGGUUACUUCGACAAUCUAGACAGCCCCGAGCAUGAUGCGUUUGCUGCAGCGGCCAAAUUAGAUCUCGACACCGAGUUUGUGUCAACUACAAAUAUAGAAGUUACUCUUCUUUUGUCCCAAGGCGCACCAAUUAGCAGCCCUCCAUUUAUUGCACUGUGCAAGCAAGAACCCGAGCGUUUGUCUGUGUUUGGUGGCAGUUUCAAUGCAGAGGAGAUCGAUUCAUUCGUGAAGCUCAACAAGUACCCUCUUGUCACCGUAUUGAAUUCCAAGAAUGCCAAUUUGGUCUAUGCGAGCCCACUGAAGUUGCAUCUCUUGCUAUUUGCGGAAAGUAAGGAUGAUUAUGUGAAACCUUUGUAUCUGGAAGCAGCGAGGCACUUCAAGGGAAAGGUCAUGUUUUUGGCGAUUGAUUUAAAGGAUGAGGAGUUUUCAAAGCCUAUGCUUGCUGUGUACGGUUUAGACACAGCCAAACCAGUUGUUGCUGGUCUUGACAAUGAGGAUGGAUCAAGGUAUCUUUUGGAGUCGGAUCUCACUGUGGAGAGUUUGAAGGAUUUUGCUGCAGAUUUCUACGCUAGAAAGCUUCCUCUAUACUAUAAGUCUGAUCCUGUUCCUGCUCAGAAUGAUGGUCUGGUUAAGAUAGUUGUGGGGAAGACUGUCGAGAAGAUCGUGAUGGAUGACACGAAGGAUGUUUUUCUUUUUGUGCAUGCCCCUUGGUGCGCAACCUGUGAGAAAGUUGGUCGAAAUUUUGAGAAGUUGGCCAAGCAUGUCCAAGAUGUGUCAUCUCUUGUGAUGGCCAAGUACGAUGCGAACUCAAAUGAGCACCCAAUUUUGAUGGAAGUACCCAACUAUCCAUCGCUUUUACUGUAUCCUGCUGGCCGGAAGUCGAGUUCACCGGUGUCUACAUAUCCAUUACCCUUCUUGAAAACUCUAUUCCUUUCUAGAACGCUUUAUUUUAUUUUAUUUUAUUUUGUAUAUUUUUUAGUUGGGAAAAUGAAUUUCAUAUCAAACAAUGAGAAAAAAUGGCACAAUGUAGAUUGUCUCAUCAACACGCAAUAUUUUGGUACUAGCUAUUUUGGUAUGUAGAGCUGCUUUCGUUGAGAAUUUUCAGAAAUGUUCUGAAGAGCUGAAGUGAAAGACACCGAGUAAUUCACGCUGAUAAGUUGAGCGAUCAACAGUUAUGAUCAAGAUCCUGAACUCGGAAUUGUCGUUUCUGCAGUUAUUGGCGAAGUCACAAGGUAGCUGGAAAAAGCUCUUGGCAUUCUUGAAAGAAAAUGUCGCCAUUCCGUUUCCGGUGAAGGAUGGCAAUGAUGUAGCGGAUUCCGAGGGUCGAAAGGAAA